AUGGAGUUGACCCACGAGGAGUGCAAUGCGCUGUUGGCCAACCACAGUUACGACGUGAUUUUCGAGUGGUAUGCUGCGCAUCCGGUUACCGCAUACAAUGUGCAAAGUAAGUUUGUUUCGAAGAGGAUUAAUCUUUGAGUUAUGGAGUUGUGGGAGCCUUAUAGGCAUAUAUGUAUGUAGGACUGCAAAGCGGGCGGGUAGGCUAUAGUUGACGUUCUGCAUGGUGAACUUGAGUGUCAUCAGCUCACGUAGGGUUUUUGGUGGUGGUGAUAUUAUAUUGCCAGACCUAUAUCUCACAAGUUGAGGUGUGAAGGGCACAUGAUCUUUAUAGUGUAUGGUCUUUAUAGUCAUUGAUCCUUGUGAGCCUCUGCUUUAACGCUGCGGUAAAAUCAAGGCUCUAGCCAGCUUUAUUCAUAAAGAACACUUUGUACUUUCCGGCCCUACAUUACCCACGUCAUGAGAAAUGUUUUUUUUUCACAUCGAAAUGCUUCGCUUCGUCGAAAAAAGGGCGCAGUCGCGGCCAAAAUUUCCAGCUGCGGCUAGCCGUCCCAAAGCGAUGAUGGUGUUCCCAACGCGCGACAUUCUGUCACUAUUCUCCCGACAGACUGAUAAGUUGGAUAAAGUUUCAACCAUUUUUUGCGAAAGUUUGAAGUCAAGUAUCCUCUAAGAGCUCUUAUCAUUUCAACAUAUUUAAUAAACUUUUAAAGGGCCCUUCAAUUGCUAACGAAGCAUUUUCUGUUGUAAAAACUCGAGAGCUCCAGAUUUUAGUAUGGUACAUGUAGAGUAAAAAAGUCACGUUUCUACUAAAGUCACGUUUUUACAGGUUCAGGUUUUGCUGAACCUUGGACGGACUCAAAGUAUGUUUCCGCUACAUUUUUGUAAAUUUUACACCAGGUUGAGGAGCUCUGACCGUGUUGAAACAUGUCACGAUAAAACCCUGUAAAUUGUUUUGGAAGUAUAAGAAGCGCUCGGAAAUGAACAGAAAUGCUCCUGACAAGAUUGUAGGACUUCUUUUUCGAAAGUUUCAUGCCAAAACUUUAUUGGUCCACUUAGCGAAAGGAAGAACGCUUUUUGGCAAUAUAUUUGGCAAUAUAAUUGGUGUCGAAACAUUACCACCUAUCAUAGAAAUAAGCAUAAGGAAGAGAGUUGCCCCAUUAUUGACAACUUUCAAGUCAAAAAUCCCGAUCGUUUCGGAAAAUUCCGAGCUAGUAGUAUCGCGAUAUACCGUACAAUUCUUCAAGAAAAUUAAUCUAAAUUUGCCAAGUUUCAUCAACAGAUGCUCAGAGAACUUGAAGACCUUUCCUUUGCUAACCAAAAUCUAACUUUAUCACUCUUAUAGUGAUCCACAAGGUCGUCGAAGCGCUGAUCUGCUCGGCUGGUUGCGGAAUAAACCUCUUCCUGCUCUAUGUGAUUGCCAAGCAAUCGGAGAGACUGAGCAGCGUGAAGAGUUUCCUUAUGUUCGGCUGCAUCUACGACAUCUUCCUUUCCGUCGUCAAUAUGCAAAUGCAAUCGGUGUGGUUUUGUUCUUCCAACGUUUAGUUUGCAGUAGCAAGUACAAAUUUUUACAUUUUUAGUUUCCCUACUCCGUGCUCGGCAUUGCAUUCAGCUACGACAACAUGAUCUUGCGGUCUUCCGACUACCUCAUAAUGGGUAUUAUGAAAGCUGCUGCCCGAGUUGCAUUUUUCGGGUCGUGGAUCAUCAUUCCCAUUCAGUUCCUUUGGCGAUACCACAUUUUUCGAUAGUAAGUAUCAACAUUUUCAAUUUCAUAAAGUGCAUAGAUAUUUUUUCGCUACUUACAAAAGUAUUUAUUUCUUUCUUGCGGUGCACUCAGACUUACAUGCAAAUUUAUAAAACAGCCUCUGAAACUACCCAUUAAUAGGACUUUCAUAAAGUGCAUGGACAUUUUUACUGUGCAUUUUGCCUUCUCUUAUCGAUGCAAUCCUUUUUAAAAUAUUUUUGCAUGUUGCAACUGCCUUAAAUUUCGUGACCUCGCAAUGAAAAAAAGCUUGUGUCGCAGCAAUUUUGUAUAAAAAAUAAAAUGCACUGUGCAAUUGACCUUUUUUCAAUAACAUAUUCUGGUAGCAAACAGGACAAGAGGCUCUGAGAGUCAAUACUAAGAAUGAAUUUUAACAUUAGGCCCAAAAGUCAAGAAGUUAUAGCCACAGAAAUGCGAAAGCUUUAACCCAAAAGUUCAACAUUUUCAGCGGCUGUGCACCAAGAGGAAUCUACUUGUAUCUAAUGUGCAUUGUGCCAAUAAUUUUGUCUCUGAUUGGCGGCUGCAUCACAUUUAACAUUUACGGCUAUGCAACAAAUGAGGAGAGGGCUCUCAUACAAAAGAUUGUGCGCUACAGCGGCUUCACGGACGUGACAUUAGCCGACGUCACCGGGACAUGGACGGUAAGGAAUGCGCAUCAUAUUUUACCUCAACUCGCAGAACAGCGAACGCUAUUCGUUGUACAACACAUGCAUUAAAGUGCUGCUGUGCGGCUGCUACGCGGUCACCAUCGCGGUGGACAUUGCCAUGUCCAAGUACUGGUCGAUUCACAGCAUGGACGCCCAUCAUCGGACUAGAAAGAUGUUUUACGGCGUGAAAUAUGCACUUCGGGUGAUGGUAAGCGUUUUUACUAUGCUUUUUCAAAAGGGCGUGAGCUUGUGCGUUGCGACAAAAAUUCAAUGCACUUCCGAAAAAGGCAGCAUUUUUGAAUUCUACUUUGUAAGACGUUCUCGGUCGCUACAAAGAUUUGUAGUCGGCGUCAAGUGCACAACAUGUAUAGAAAUUCCUUUGUAGUUGUAAUAAAAUUGUUUCCAAACAAUUGAAAGAAUUUGGCCCCUUCGAAUACAGAAGUCUGAGCAAAGUAUAAUAGAAAAAACGAGAGUCAUCUAAGCUUGGCAGGCAAGGUGUAUGUCCCUUAGAAUUACUCAUGUAACUGUGUUUCUUGUCGGUUAUGGGUAUAUGUACAAGACACGUCAAGCAUCUAUUUUUUCAGGCAAUUGGCCCCUUCCUAACCGGCGUGAUCCCAGCAUUUCUAAUUCGGAUCUCCGGCACGGCCUGCACUUUGAGCCCAUGGACUAUGAUGACUGUCUCGUGGCUGGUCGGAUCCCACAGCCUCUUCAACGCAAUCACCACCUUUUACUUCAUUCGACCUUGCUGGCGAUAUCUACUAUCUUGCCUGAAGCGGCAAAGCACGUUGGAACCGUUUGUGGUUGGGACGGACGUAUCAAGUAGGACUGGCUAA